CGGCGGCACGCGAGACGCCAGCUGCGGGAAGCGGAGGACGACUGAGGUGCCGACCUGAGGUGAUGGAGCCGCGGAAGGUGGAAAAGUUCAGCUCCGCCAACAGGGGAAAUGGGCUGCGCGCCUUGGUGCAGCUGCGCCCCGGAGAGCUGCUCUUCCGCUCGGAUCCCUUGGCGUACACGGUGUGCAAGGGGAGUCGUGGCGUCGUCUGCGACCGCUGCCUCCUCGGGAAGGAAAAACUGAUGCGAUGCUCUCAAUGCCGAGUUGCCAAAUACUGCAGUGCCAAGUGCCAGAAAAAAGCUUGGCAAGACCACAAGCGGGAAUGCAAAUGUCUUAAAAGCUGCAAACCCAGGUAUCCCCCGGAUUCCGUUCGACUUCUUGGCAGAGUUGUUUUCAAACUUAUGGAAGAAACACCCUCUGAAUCGGAGAAACUUUAUUCAUUUUAUGAUCUGGAGUCAAAUAUUAACAAACUGACCGAAGAUAAGAAAGAGGGCCUCAGGCAACUUGUAAUGACAUUUCAACAUUUCACGAGAGAAGAAAUACAGGAUGCUUCUCAGCUGCCACCUUCCUUUGACAUUUUUGAAGCUUUUGCAAAAGUGAUCUGCAACUCCUUCACCGUCUGUAAUGCGGAGAUGCAGGAAGUUGGCGUUGGCCUAUAUCCGAGUAUGUCUUUGCUCAAUCACAGCUGUGACCCCAACUGUUCCAUUGUGUUCAACGGGCCCCACCUCUUGCUGCGAGCAGUCCGAGACAUCGAGGCGGGAGAGGAGCUCACCAUCUGCUACCUGGACAUGCUGAUGACCAGCGAGGAGCGCCGGAAGCAGCUGAGGGACCAGUACUGUUUUGAAUGUGACUGUAUUCGAUGCCAAACCCAAGACAAGGAUGCUGACAUGCUUACUGGUGAUGAGCAAGUAUGGAAGGAAGUUCAAGAAUCGCUGAAAAAAAUUGAGGAACUGAAGGCACAUUGGAAGUGGGAGCAGGUCCUGGCCAUGUGCCAGGCGAUCAUCAGCAGCAACUCGGAACGGCUUCCCGAUAUCAACAUCUACCAGCUGAAGGUGCUCGACUGCGCCAUGGACGCCUGCAUCAACCUGGGUCUGCUGGAGGAGGCCUUGUUCUACGGAAUUCGGACCAUGGAGCCGUACAGGAUCUUCUUCCCAGGAAGCCACCCGGUCAGAGGCGUGCAGGUCAUGAAGGUCGGCAAGCUGCAGCUGCACCAGGGCAUGUUCCCGCAGGCCAUGAAGAACCUGAGGCUGGCUUUUGACAUUAUGAGAGUGACACACGGCAGAGAGCACAGCCUGAUUGAAGACUUGAUCCUCCUCUUAGAAGAAUGUGACGCCCACAUAAGAGCAUCCUAAGGGGCGCAGGCAAAGAUGGCUCAUACCCAUAUCGAAUGCCUGGUGGAGGUCACAUGUGCCGCACUGUUUGUGGGCCUCCCCUCUGGGAAUGCUAGGCUGUGUUUAUGUAGGUAAAUAAGCAGGCAUACCAUGUGCAACCACAAGAAUCAUUAGUUGUAGAGAAGCACAAUAAUAAAUACAAAAAAAUUGGUUGAAAAUGU